UCUUCAAUUCAACAACUAUAACAAUGGCAGUCUCCACUCAAAAGUGUUAGCUAAAAACGGCUAAUAUAUUACUGAGUCAGGUAGUAAACUGAAACUCUCUUAACAGAUUACGAUAACAACCGAACCGAACUUAACCGAUCAGAGCGAAGAAAGGGACAGCAACAAAAUUUUCUUUUCUUUUCUUCCAAACAAAGCCAGAAAUUCAUAGUAAAAUAGAAACCAAAGGCCAGCAGUGGCAGUACUCUGUAAUCUGUAUUCUGGAAGAACGCUCACCUUUCGUCUUGAUCAUCCAAAUGGCGCAAAACCUCGUCAACACAGCUUCAAAGUCAGUGGUUCUUCUUGGACCAUCUCUCGUGUCUUCUUCUGGAAGCUCACCAUCAGAUACAGUGUCCAAACAGUCAAAAUUUUCGUUGCAUAUUCCUGCAAUAGCUUUAAAGAAACAUUGCCAUGGCGCAAUGUUCUUUUUAUGUUCUUGAAGUCACCAGUUCGUGAAAGCCCUAAUUUUGUAUAUUACUGUAUGAGUUUUUCUUUUGAACACGGCUUAUUUCCUUGUUGCUAACUUGGUUUUGGAUACGAAUUGAUGAUAUUGCUGCUCUUAAAUGUAUAUAGUCAUGCCUUUUUAUGUUGUGCGAAUAGAGUUUGUGAUUAUAUAGAUUGCCUUCAUUGUCUUGUCUCGAAUUUCAAAUCGUUCUUAUUUCUUGUUUGGCUGCUAAGAAGAUUUGGGGGUAAUUUAUCGUCCAAUGUAUUCUGUAGCUAAUGGGAAUGAUCUUCGGAGAUGAAAGUAUUAGCAACGUACUUUACUAUUAUUUUCCUUUAGAACUUGUUCAUUUUGUAAAAUUGUUUUUAAGACUUAUCACCGGAAACAAUGUGGUCUGCCUUCAUUUAUGUGAAAAAUUUGGCUGGUUUAGCGAUUUUUAUGUUCCUCUUGUGUUUUGGCCAUUGUUUUCAUGUGAAUCCUAUUCCCUGCAAUGUGUCUCUAUCAGAAUCAUGUCAUGCUUUGCUAUACUAUGUUCCUAAAAGUCCGAGAACCCUUGAAGAGACAACUUCUUUGUUUCAUGUUAAUUCCAAUUCUGUCAAUAGAACUGUCAAUGGUUAUGCAAUUGCGAUAGAGUGCAGUUGCCCUGCUGGUCACAGCGAGUUCACUUGGCAUGCUGACUAUACAAUCCAGCAUGGUGAUACAUGGGAGAGCAUCAACGAAAAAUUUGGGUCAUUUGUGGUGAAGAAGAAUGAUAGAACGUUGAUUGAGUCACUAACUAUAACUUUAGAUCUCUUGUGUGGCUGUUCUAAGGGAGUGGAGGUCCUAAGCUACAGAGUUGAAAGUGGUGACACGCUUUUUACAAUUUGUUCUCGAUUUAAUACCAGUGUAGAGAAGACUAAAGAGUUGAAUAAGUUGGAUAACCCAAGGCUCAUUCAUGCUGGAGAUGUAAUUUUCAUCCCAAAACCAGGAGGCCUUAAAUACCUUCUCUUAAUUGACUAUAAAGAACUUAAGGUCAAAAGAAGAUCAAAGUCGUGCCUGCUUAUUGUUGGAAUUUUCGUGGCAGCUGUGACCACUGCUAUAUUGUUGGCUAUUAUUGUUCUGUGGAGGUAUUACUAUAGGAGGAAGGGACCUAGAUCAUCACAAGGGUCUACAGGGGGAUUGAAAUACUUUAACUUAUCAUAUUCCCUUAGAAAAUCAGAAGAAACCAUUAUUCCCUCCAAUUAUGAUAAAACAACUGUUUUCUCAUACAAUGAAGUUUGUCAUGCAACUUUAAAUUUCAGAACGUCUUUGAAGAUUGGCCAAGGAUCUUGUGGAUCUGUUUACCUGGGAAAUUUAAGAGGAAAUGAUGUGGCUAUCAAACAGAUGAAAAACACAAAGUCAAAAGAGUUCUUGUCAGAAAUCAAUAUUCUUUGCAGAGUUCAGCAUACAAACUCGAUCAAGCUUAUUGGAUACACAGGUGGUGGGGAUUCUCUGUUUCUUGUAUAUGAAUUUGCCAAAAAUGGUGCAUUAAGCAGUCAUCUCCACAAUCCCACUGAAAGAGGUUAUAAACCUCUAACUUGGAUCAUGCAAGUUCAAAUUGCUUUAGACGCUGCCAAAGGUCUUGAGUAUAUACAUCUGAAUACGAAGCCAUCCUUCAUCCACCGAGAUGUGAAGUCAAGCAAUAUUCUUUUAGAUUCUGGAUUCCAUGCAAAGAUUGCAGAUUUUGGGCUGGUAAAACUAUCGGAGCAUUCACCAGAUAAUGGAACUACAGCAUCUAGAAUUGUUGGAACAUUUGGUUAUCUUGCUCCUGAAUAUGCCCGUGAUGGGUGUGUUACCACAAAGAUUGAUGUUUAUGCCUUUGGAGUUGUUCUUAUGGAACUACUGACGGGCCUACCAGCACUUCGUAGGGAUGCAAGUACUGGAAGCAUGCAGUAUGUUGAACGUUGUUCUCUGAUGGAUUAUGUGCUUUCAGUUUUGGAAAACGGCGAUGCCUUCACAAAGCUGAGUCAAAGCAUUGAUCCAACUCUCACCCAAUACCACAGAGGCUCACUUCUGCAGAUGGCCCUCUUGUCGAAGGACUGUGUGAAUGCCGACUGGAAUCAACGUCCAGACAUGAGCAAUGUAGUCCUCCGCCUUGAGCACGCCCUUGUCUGCUCGAAAGAGUGGGAGAAAGCAGAGCCCAGCUCCUCAGAGUGGUGAUGUUUUCAUUUCCUUCUCCCCCAAAGCUCUUCAUGUCUAUCUAUGCCUUUCCAUUAGCCAUUUUUCUAACUCUACUUCACUGCAAGAAGUAGUUGUCUAGUAUACUGAGCAUUGAAUAGGCAUUGUCUACUUUUUCUUGUA